AUAUUCCAUAGUUACUCUAAAAUAACCUCUUACCUUGGCUUUUCCGCGGAACGUCAGAUGCAUUAUUAGUUCAACCUAUUGUUUUGAUACUAGAGCUGCUAGGAUUUGGGGUGAUUUGGCUGUCCUGUACCAGUUGCAGCACUUAAUUGACAACCCGAGCACAUCCAACUUCAGCGAAGUGCCUGAUGCAUACCUCUAGUCGAGACAUGCGAUGAUGCGAAACACUUGCAGCUACUGCCAACGUCACUUCAAGCGUGCAGAACACCUAACGAGGCAUCUUAGAAUACAUACCAAGGAACGACCGUUUAGAUGCGGUUGUGGAGCCACCUUCUCUCGCCGUGACCUCCUUACUCGGCACUGGCGAAUCUCUAAACAUGGCGACGAUGAAGUAUCACCACCUGAAUACGCCCGGCGUGGACCAGCGGUCGACUCCCCCGUCAACGACGGGCUUCCUGCAGAAGAUGGGUUCCUCGCGCAGGCGCAUUCCCUGGAUAUUCCAACUGGGGCCGUCAUCGAUAACCAUCAUGAUGAUGGUCUCGAAGUCUUCUUGGAGUUUCUAAACUUUAUGGACGGCGUGGGCCUUCCUGCCCAUUGGUCUCCUACCCGUGGCCUUGAUUUGGAUGCCGCUGGCAGCGUUCGCGACUCCGAAGGCCCGGAUGCGCUCGAUGCCAAUGGCAUUGGUACUCCUUUUAGUACCUGGCUGCCCUCCGCUCCUGCCGAGAAUGAAGCAAGCUGCGCUAUUCCGUUGAGAGAUUCUGUCGAUUCUGACACGAGCGGGCGGACGUAUGUCGUCACCGAAGCUGAGCGGAGCUUACUGUUCUUGUCUCUUGAGACUUUUCGGUCAUCUAUUCCGGAUUUUAAGCUGCCAUCUCGCCACGCCCUUACGCGAUACCUAAUUUCAUUCUUCGAAGGGUUCCAUUCACACCUCCUAUUCAUUCACGAACCUACCUUCAAACCAUCAGGCACGCCCCUGGAGCUCACGCUGGCCAUGUGCUCAGCUGGCGCGCAGUAUUGCUUUGAAAGGAGAGUUGCAGAACAACUAUUUCAUGCAGCAAAUGCAAUCGUCUUUGCGAGGUUGAGAUACGAAGAAACGAGCUUUGGGCCGCAGAUUCGUUCCUUGAUCCGCCUGCACAAUUCAUCUCUAAGAGAAGAUGUGCCAUCUGCACGACGUGGCGACCCGUGGGCUCCGCUUGACACCAUCAAGACUCUACUAAUCUUGGUUGGAUACGCGACCUGGGAAGUCGUCGGCUUGCUCCAGCAAUCAUUUGCCCUUCGACAGUUGCUCGUUCAUUGCCUUCGCGACAUUGGUCUUGCGGAGGAGAGUCACCAGCCCACGAGCCCUGGCUCAAACGGUUUAACAUGGGAACAGUGGAUAGAGAAAGAAUCUGCGCGACGCUCUAAGCUGAUUGCAUUCUGCUACGUAAACGUGCAUAGCAUAGCUUACGAUGUUCACCCAAUGCUCUGGUGUAGCGAGCUGCACUUGCGACUGCCAUGCUCUACCGACCGAUGGCAAGCUCGAAGUGCCUCUCAAUGGGCGAAUCUCGAGCGUCAAGAUGAUAAGGACCAGAUGCUCUUUCAGGAAGCCUUAUCGCUCCUGUUGUACAGCACGGAUGAAGCGAUUACGAUACAGCCGAAUCCAAGUCCCCUUGGGAACUACGUUUUGCUGCAUGCGCUCUUGCAGCGAAUCCACAUUGUUCGCGAGCUGUCACUCCACGCUAGCUGUGGGGCGGCAACCAUGCCUGCUCCUGAGCUUCAGAUUAUUGGACGCGGCCUGCGCUGCUGGACUUUAAUGUGGCAACAAGCUCCAGAAUCGGGAUUAAACCCAAACAACAAGAGCGGCCCUGUGCCAUUCACAUCCAGUGCGCUCCUUGGAAUCGCCUACGUCCGGUUGGCGCUGAAUAUUGGGCCGUUCCGUCACCUCGAACUUCGCGAUCCGAGUUCAAUUGCCCUGGGAUUAACUCGACUACCCAACAUCGAGCGCAACGAUAGCCUAUUCUCCGCCCUGCUUUAUUCCACUCACGCUCUCAGUGUCCCUGUAAGACUAGGUAUAGAUCGAGUAGCGCGAAGCCAGGCAUUCUUCUGGAGCGUGCAACACGCUCUCUCGGGGUUUGAAUGCGCAGUCUUUCUCGCCAAGUGGCUUUGUUCCUUGCACACUCCCUCUCAAAACCACACCGCAAUCCUAUUCGAGGAUCGAAUUUUACUCUGGAUCCGCCGCAUUGUGGAAGAAGCUUACGCCGUGGUCGACUUUGACGAACCCGACCUUGAAGUGCCGACUGAUCCCUUCUCUCUCGGGCUUGUUGUCCUGAUGAUCUGGUCUCGAUUCUUUCAAGGCAACACUCAGUGGCCAUUCAUUGUGAUCCUCGGAAAGAGUCUGCAAAAACAUGGCGAAUCUCUUCAAGAGCGGAGACAGUUUGAGGGUCAAAGCCUUCUUCAAUGACUUUUCUGACCCACCCGCUGAAGGAAGUCCCAUAGAUUUACUCCGGCCUACAAACACGCCUAGUCACUCUCACAUCCGAUCCAACAGCACCACUCCGCUCUCUGCCCUCUCGCACAACGCCUAAAAUUAUGUGGUCCGCAGAAAAACCGCAUAUCCUUGUGGAACGCCAGAAGAAUAAAACCGCCAACGUGCAUCUGAAGCCGCGCCUCAUAUCCAUAGAUAUCAAGCCCCACUAGGCAGGGCGCAUAUAAUCACCUCUCACAUACGAUAGAAU